AGUUUCACUUCCAAAUUCACGUCAGCCCACCGGACUAUUUACAAUAAAAAUCGGCUACAGAUAGUAUACUAAUCUAGCCUUUAGGGAGACGCGCGGCUUGAGUUGGGGAUGGCCUUGGAUGGACGAAGGUAUCCUUUGAUAGGUCCUACCUUAAAGUUGCUCCUCUCGGGAGCAGCUUAACAAGAGCCCCGGGCCAGCAGUCUACGAUCAGAACCUGUGACUCGCCUUUAUAACUUAAGAACUGGUCAUCAUUACGUUCACUUUCCACCAUGUCUGAGUCAGCGCUAUCAGAAACCCUCCCAGUCAUUGACCUUGAUGUCUUCUUGUCUCAACCCACGCAAUCAAUCAGAGUGCAAGAGGAAUGCAAUAAGGCCGCAGAUGCAUUGAUCACAUACGGGGCACUCCUUGUACAUGAUUCUCGCGUAUCAGAGGAAGACAAUGAUGCUUUCCUCGAUCUCAUCGAGGACUAUUUCGCGCAGCCUGUCGAGGACUUAAAGAAGGAUGAACGGCCAGAGAUUCAUUAUCAGGUUGGCGUGACCCUUGAGAACACAGAGAAGCCCAAAUGUGCCGUGGAUGAGCCGUGCUUGGAUAUUAUCGCCAACCUGGACCCAGUUGAACGGCCAUUAGAUAUCUCCGGGCACCAUCCUGACCCCAAGUGCAGGUUCUUCUGGAAAAUGGGAACUCCCCCUCCAUAUGAGACCGAGUAUCCGGCGCUUAAUGCUCCAAAUGUCGUGCCCCAGGCACCUAGAAUCAGUGAGAAGUGGGAAUCCACUAUGGAGAAAUGGGGGCAUUCCAUGAAGAAUGCUGUCGAGAAUAUUGCUGAAAUGACAGCGAUCGGUCUCGGACUUCCUCGAGAAUUUAUCAAGGACGCAGGCAAAUAUGGCCCUCAUCUACUUGGCCCAACGGCUUCUGAUUUGGUGAAGUAUGGGCAAAAGGAUACCAUACUUGCCGGCUUUCAUACAGAUCUCAACUGUUUAACGAUCCACGGUCGUUCAAGGUAUCCAGGACUCAACAUCUGGGCACGUAAUACUGGGAAGCGCAUCCUCGUUAGAUUCCCACCCACUGGCCGUUACCUACUCGUGCAAGCAGGGAAACAGUUCGAACAUUUAACCGGAGGCCUCAUCAAAGCUGGGUUUCAUGAGGUAGUCGUGAACGAGGCUACGUUGCAGACUGUCGAGCGGCGCAAAGAGACUCACUCUGACCGGCCUAAUAUUCGCAUAUCAUCAACAUUUUUCUGGCACCUCUCGUCCGAUUAUGAGCUUGUUCCGAUCCCUAAGCUAUCUGAACGUGCAAAUGCGUUCAAUUUGAGUCAGACAGUGGAUCAGCGUACGGUUUAUGAACGGAUGAAGGUCGGACAGCAGGUUCAGAAUGAACUCAAACAUAUUGCUCUCAUGGCCUAAAUUCACUUGAUUAUCAGAUGCGUGUAGAAUAUGUCCGUCAGUGUAUGUAUAGCAAGGUAUCUGCAGGACACAGCUCACCCAUACCGGCGGACAUGCGUGCUCGGUAUAUAUAUCCAGCCGUGUAUGUAUAGUAUCUCUGAGUUCACCUAUCAUACAUGGUAGUUCUUCUCCCCUCUGUUACGAGG